UCUGCCCCGAGUCAGCUGCUCGCCUGGGACCCCUUUUUUUUGUCUUUCCUGUCCGGAGUGCUCAGGUCCAUACCCUUUAAUCGCUUAUCAUAGCUGAAGGCUGCCGAAAGCUGGAUCCCUCCUGAUUCCUUUGUUUGGGAUUGGGCUUCCCACAUCUAGCCUUUCUUCGGCGGUUGUGGCUGGGGGUAUCACUUAUUAUUUUCCCGAAGGCGUGGAAGGGGAGCCUCGCGGGGUCACCGGUCCUCGCAGAAGCCCGGGACUCAGAACCCUUAGCCGUCCCUCUCCACUCUUCUUUGCAGUGGUUAACAGUGCAGUCUCUGCCGUCAGGUAGAACUCGAUAGAAAUCCUGACUCCUUUCUUUAGGAGCUGGAUGACCUUUGAGAACAUCCCCAGCCCAGGUGGGAAGGAGGCAGAAGCUCGGCAGCCUGUGGUGAUUCUCUUGGGCUGGGGUGGCUGCAAGGACAAGAACCUUGCCAAGUACAGCGCCAUCUACCACAAAAGGAAGCUGCUCGAGCUGCUCUUUGAUUAUGAGAUUGAGAAGGAGCCCCUGCUCUUCCAUGUCUUCAGCAACGGUGGCGUCAUGCUGUACCGCUACGUGCUGGAGCUCCUGCAGACCCGUCGCUUCUGUCACCUGCGUGUGGUGGGCACCAUCUUUGACAGCGCUCCUGGUGACAGCAACCUGGUAGGGGCUCUGCGGGCCCUGGCAGCCAUCCUGGAGCACCGGGCUGCCGUGCUGCGCCUGUUGCUGCUGGUGGCCUUUGCCCUGGUGGUUGUCCUGUUCCAUGUCCUGCUUGCUCCCAUCACAGCCCUCUUCCACACCCACUUCUAUGACAGGCUACAGGACGCGGGCUCUCGCUGGCCUGAACUUUACCUCUACUCAAGGGCUGACGAAGUAGUCCCGGCCAGAGAUGUAGAACGCAUGGUGGAGGCACGCCUGGCACGUCGGGUCCUGGCACGUUCUGUGGACUUCGUGUCAUCUGCACACGUCAGCCACCUCCGUGACUACCCUACUUACUACACAAGCCUCUGUGUCGACUUCAUGCGCAACUGUGUCCACUGCUGAGGUCAUUGCUCCACCUCACCUCUGCUCCAGAAAUAAAUGUCUGACGCCUCCCCACAACCUGCAUCUGUGGGGCACUCUUCUGGUUCAACUCUCUGUAGCCCUUUGGGACUUUGCAGUCCCCUAAGUAGAAAAUUCCUAUGGGCCUGUCUCCUGGGGGCCUCCGUCUGCUGGUGGUCUGCUUACCACAGAAUCCUAGAGGGCAGGAGUGCCUGGGCGUGUGUCUGUGGGAGCCUUGUAGUCAUUUGUCUUUGGACAAGCGCAACAGUCAGGCUGCUGAUUCCUGUGGCAUGCAGGCUGGAAAGGUUGACAAAUGGAGGGGGGUGUUGAGGGUGAGCCCUAGGUGAUUUUUUUAAAUUUAAACUGUGGUAAGAACAUUUAACAUGAGACCUACUCUCUUUUUUUCUUUACUUAUUUAUUUAUCUAUUUAUUUCGAGACAGGGUCUCACUCUUGUCACCCAGGCUGGUGUCCAGUGGUGCAGUCUUGGCUCACUGCAGCCUCGACCUCCCAGGUUCAAGUGAUCCUCCCACUUCAGCCUCCCAAAGUGCUAGGAUUACAGGUGUGAGUCACCACGCCUGGCCAAGAUCUUCCUUCUUAACAAAAUUGUGUGUACGAUACUUAAAAUUUAAGAGAUUAUGUGCACGGCAGACCUUUAGAACUGAAUAGUCUUGCAUCUUGCAUAAUUCAGAACUUCAUCUUGCGUAACUGAAACUUUGUGCCUGUUGCCAGAGUUGAGUUUUGAUUCCUUGAAUGGAAGGUGAGCUUUGUGGGGAGAUGUCAGAGGGAAGGUAUCUCGGUCAGGGGUAGCGUCAGGCUGUGGAUAGGGGCUGUGGUCUUUGCUUCAGCAGGGCGAAGCCCUACAGUGUGAAGUACCAUCCACAUGGGUCCCACUUGGCAGUUCACUCAGAG